ACAGUUGUGCCCUGUUUAUGAUGCUUAUCUUCAACCAAAAUAAAAUAAUAAAACUGCAACAAUAAUAACAAUACAUUUUUAUAUAUAAAAAAAAAACGCCAGUUGGUUCCAGUUGUUUCUUAAUAAUUUAAAACCUGCAAAACCAAUUUCAACCAUUUGAUUUCCAUCCGAAUUAUAAGAGAAAAAACUCAAUUACCAGCCCCAUCAAUUCCCAAUUAGCCUACGAUUCUCAAACCGCCAUGCCAGAUUUCCCAAACAAAAAACAAGAAGAUCCUGUGAAACAAACAAAACAGAACAAAACUUUCACAGCCAUCAUCAUGGAUAUGAACAAGAUUAGAUAUUUUGUUAGGCCACCUGUCCUCCAUCUCCACUUUCCUCUCUCUAUAAAUUCCCACCCAGCUCUGGUCAAGAAAAUCAGCUCAUGAGCUUGUGUGUGGGUCAUCAGUCAUGGAAGGCCAGCAGCAGAAUUCCAGGUCUAGAGUUGUGAAGGUGAACUCAGAGCAGUCGUGGAACACCUUCAUCAGCCAAGCCAAGGACCAAGGCUGCCCUGUUUUCAUCCACUUCGGCGCUUCAUGGUGUGUUCCAUCCCUCGCCAUGAACGCGUUCUUCGAGGAGCUGUCCAUAGCUUAUCCGGACAUCCUCUUCCUCUCGGUGGACGUUGAUGAAGCCAAGGAGGUGGCUUCUAAGAUGGGGGUGAAGGCAAUGCCAACCUUCGUUCUGAUGGGAGAUGAUGGCGCAGUGAUAGACAAGGCUGUCGGGGCCAAUCCGGAAGAGAUCAAGAAAAGGGUGGAUGGCUUUGUCCAAUCAUUCCGCAGCUCAAAAAUUCUCGAGUGAAACCAAAAAAUAAUAAUAAUAAAAAAACAGCUUGAUAAUAAGCCUUGUUUCUUAUAUUAUGUGCAUGAUAUGUUUGGCUGAGGCCUGAGUGAUGCUGUAAUUAUAAUCUGUAAUGUUGAAGGAGCUGGGCAUGGAAUCUUACUCUCUA